AGGGAGAUAUGGGAGUUGUACUGCAUGUACUCAUGUUGGUGCUGCUGCUGUUGUUGCUGCUGCCAGGAUAUGGUCCCACUGAAGCCCUCACCAAGGACAGACCUAGCUCAUGGCCCUGGCUAGCCAGCAUUUUCCUGGAUGCUAGGUACCGCUGUGAAGGAGCCCUCAUCUCUUCAGAAUGGGUGAUCACUUUAAUCAACUGCUUUGGAAGCUUUCCCCUUUCCCAUUUCACUGUGGCUCUGGGUCAGCGGCGGCUGAAUCUGCAGAACGCUGAAGUCUUGUCUCUUGUUGAGGAACUGAUCCCGAUCCCCAGGAGCCUUGUGGAUAGUAGGCCUGGAAGUCUGGUUCUGGCGAAGUUAACACAGCCUCCUUCCAUCAACAGCUCUAUCUACCCCAUAUCCCUCAUCCAGGGCUCUACUUUUUUCCCUUGGAAGAAGACCUGCUGGGCUCAGGGCUUUAAACCUGAUUUUGACCCCUACAUCCCACCCGAAGAGCUGUGGGGUGCUAAGAUGCCUCUCAUGUCUCAAACCAAUUGUCAAGCCAUCUUCCAGCUCCAAUCUGACUGCCCCAGUUCAGAGAUAAGCAUGCCAAAUGGGACCCUGUGCACUGGCCCUCCAGUCAGUUCUCCAGAGAUCAGGGUGGCAGAUGGCAGUCCUCUCCUCUGCUUCUAUGCUGGUCAGUGGGUGCUGCUAGGGGUGAUGAUCUGGGGACCUUGCUCUUCUAAUGGCCUCCCUGAAGUUUACAUCCCAAUUCAUCCCAUCAUCCCCUGGAUCCAGACCAACUUUCCUAAUGUCAGAGUUGUCAAGGGUUCUUUGAAGGCCAAGUUGAAAAGCAAGUGAAUGUUUUUAGUGACCUUUCUCUUUGGUCCAUCCUGCCUCAUGCUCUCCCUCAUACUGCUCCUACUGAACUGUCCCAUAUGGGCCUGUCCUUCCACUCCAUGCUUCUCCUUCCUUCUUGGCCACUCAGGCUUUGUUAUUACCAGAUUCUACCAUUCUCUAAUCUAAAUCUUCAAGAUCCCAAGCCCAUCAUUCUAUACACUAUGCUAUACUACCCACAGUAGAAUCAUAGAACCACAUUCUACAGAACAAGUGUCUGAGGCAGAAUUUGAAUCCACAUCUUCCUGGCUCCUGCCUCUGGCACUUGCUAGCUAUGUAAAUAUGGGCAAAUCACUUAACCUGUACUAUAUCUCAUCUUCUAAGGAGCAAGCUCUCUAUACUUUCCACAGUCAUUAUUUAUCUAAUCUGAUAAAUUUAUUCAUGCUAAUGGGUUUAUGGGAAAGAGAUGAAAGCCCCUUUCCCCCUUCUAGUUCAUAAAAAAAAAUACAUUUUCCCUUCUAGAAAGAAAGUUUCCACCUUUGCUAUAUGACCAGAUGGUUACUCUGACCACAGAAAUUUCUAGCUAUCUGGUAAGGUAGGGUGGUCUGUAGCAGUGCCCCUUAACCCCUACCAUGCGGAUGGCCUCUCAUACCUAGGUAUGGUGAUAGACCUGAGUCCAUGCCUUGUCAGUCCUCAAACUUGUUUGGUUUUCUGCUUACCUUUGAAAGCCCCUAAAUGCCCAAAGACAGGAUCCCAGAAGAAGCUAGAGGAACCAGAAGAGGAUGUUGAGCUAUUCACCAGCCCCCCAUUCCAACUAUUUACCCUAGGUGUUAAUCCCCACCCCUACCUCAGUGUAAGAGGAAACCUUUGCAUCUCUACAUCUGUAUUUAU